AUGCCAGCCCACCACAUCGACACCUCCAACUGCACGGACAUCACUCCCGCCUGCCCCGUCGAACUCACCGUCUAUGGCUACUACCCCACCAUCAGCGCGAACGCCUACGCCGUCGCCGUUUUUUCUCUCAGCCUGGUCGUCAACCUCGCCCUCGGCUACCGCUUCCGCACCUGGACCUACCUCAUCGCCAUGGGCCUCGCCUGCGCGACCUCCAUCGGCGGCUACGCCGGCCGUCUCGCCAUGCACGACAACCCGUGGUCUUCGGCGUUUGAGCUGCAGAUUAUUCUGUUUGGGGCGGAGUGGUCGAGGAUUCCACCGAGGUGGUACACCUACACCUUUAUCUCCAUGGACAUCUUCGCUCUUGUGUUGCAAGGCGCUGGCGGCGGCAUCGCAGCCACGGCCGAUGACGACGACAGCCUCCUUGAUGCGGGCGAUAAUAUCAUGAUUACCGGCAUCGCGCUGCAAGUUGUCACUCUGGCAAUCUUUGGCUGUUUGGUGCUCGACUACGUCAUUCGUCGCGUUCGAGCGAAUGCCCCGCUCUCCGCAAAGGCCUCUCAGACAUUCUACGAUAUCAAGUAUCGGAUAUUCGCUGUGGCGCUGAUCUUCAUCUACCUGCUGAUCAUUAUCCGGUGUAUCUACCGUAUCGCGGAAAUGGCUGGAGGGUGGAGGAACAGCAUCAUGCAAGACGAGAGCCUGUUCAUUGGGCUCGACACGGCGAUGAUGACUAUUGCGACGUUGCUGCAGAGUUUUGUUCAUCCUGGCCUGUUCUUCCACGCCAUGGUGGAGGGCAGGGCUGAGGAGAAAGCGAGGAAGUCGAUCGAGAAAGCCGGAAGGAUCUCGGACGGGGAAGUCUCGUCUUGA